CACUUCAUAACAUAACUAUUUCCCUUCCCUUCACACUUUUUAGCUAAUCACACUCAACAAGAAUGAACUCCGCAGCAUUUCCUUCCCUCCAAUCUUCAUUCUUCUCCCAAACUCCAAGCGGCCGAUCAUCACCAUCAUCGCAGUCCACCUUCGCCUUAUCAGUUCCUUCUUCUUCUUCGCCUUCCACCUUCAGAACCCAAACCUCCCUUCACCUCCUUCCCGACAACAACAACAGCAACAACAAUGUCUUCCUGCAAAAACCCCGCCGCGCCUACAACGUCCGCACCAGACGGAACCUAUCACGCGCCGCCACCGCAAUCAGCUGCUCCGCCGCCGACCCGGCGAAGAAACUCCGUUUGAUCCUCGACUCUCCUGGGACCCACCAAGGCCCCGCCUGUUUCGAUGCUCUGAGUGCCAAGCUCGUGGAGAAAGCCGGGUUCCCCUUCUGCUUUACAAGUGGGUUUUCAAUAUCUGCUGCUAGAUUGGGGCUGCCUGAUACUGGGUUCAUAUCGUAUGGAGAAAUGGUGGAUCAAGGGCAGCAAAUCACUCAAGCUGUGUCGAUUCCUGUGAUUGGAGAUGGUGAUAAUGGAUAUGGGAAUGCCAUGAAUGUUAAGAGGACGGUGAAAGGAUACAUUCGAGCUGGUUUUGCUGGAAUCAUUCUUGAAGACCAGGUGUCUCCAAAAGCUUGUGGGCAUACCCGUGGUAGGAAAGUGGUGUCAAGGGAAGAGGCAGUAAUGAGGAUAAAAGCAGCUGUUGAUGCUAGGCAAGAGUCAGGCUCGGACAUUGUGAUCGUUGCACGGACCGAUUCUCGCCAAGCGGUGUCCUUUGAUGAAUCACUCUGGAGGUGUAGAGCUUUUGCUGAAGCUGGAGCGGAUGUCCUUUUCAUUGAUGCUUUGGCUUCAAGGGAAGAAAUGAGAGCCUUCUGUGAAAUAUCUCCCCUAGUUCCGAAAAUGGCCAAUAUGCUUGAAGGAGGUGGUAAAACACCAAUACUCAAUCCCUUGGAGCUGGAGGAAAUUGGCUACAAGAUUGUGGCGUAUCCACUUUCCUUGAUUGGAGUUUCUAUUCAAGCAAUGCAGGAUGCUCUUUCUGCCAUCAAAGGAGGCAGGAUUCCUCCUCCUGGAAGUAUGCCAUCAUUCGAAGAAAUAAAGGAAACCUUAGGUUUCAAUGAUUACUAUGAAGAAGAGAAGCGGUAUGCUAUCAGUUCAAUUUCCAGGCAGACAGGUUCAUCAGCGAGCAGUAAUGUGUAUUCUAUACAACGGAGUGCUCAAGAUGAUAGAGAACAAAGAAGUGAAAGUCCCCAAGAGCCUGUUGUGGAAGUGAUUACUCCUGAUGUGUACAAUAACUAUGGUGCAGAUGGUUCUAGACCCUUUUCUGGAAUCUGGUCUCGGACAUUGAGAGUCAAGAUAACAGGCAGAGAUGGGUUUGAGAAACUUGACGUCAGAAUCCCCGCUGGGUUCUUAGAUGGGAUAACAAACAUAGUGCCUGCUUUGGGAGGUGUCAACAUCAAAGAACUGUUGGAUCAAGCCUCCGGGGAAGCAGGUGGCAAGCUGCUGUUGGAUUUCAAUGACACAGUAGGAGACAGAAUUCAAGUCUUCCUAGAAUGAACUCUUUAAUCUGCAUGCCUUCACCGAAGCAAGAUGGAAGACUCCUUGCUACCAGGAAGUGCAAGAACAAAGAUUCGACGGCAAAGUAGAGAUUGCAGAGGCAUGAAGGAGAUGAAAGUCGUGGGUCAGGAUGAUCGAAUUUACUCAUCCGAGUAAUCUACCGAGGCAAUUGUACCUUGUACUUGGCUUGGAAGCUGAUCUUGAUCAGAUUGUGAUUCUGAGUCAUUGUUCAUUCCUUUCUCAGUGAAAAUUGUACCCUUUGGCACUAAUAAAUCUUGAGAAGGUAUACGACCAAAGUUUCUAGCAUCACUUGAACGAUUGUCCAUUGCUAUGAUGCAGCCUCAAUAGAAUUAGCUAUCGACAACGC